CGCUGUCCGGCAGAUACCACCUGGUGACGCAGGGACCCGAUCCCCCCUCAGAUUCCUUCCUGUUAGGACUGUUAACUGGAUGGCUAUGGUUGAGAAGGGGAAGACUAAUUUUACCUCUUAUGAAGUAGAAGAUAAUCAAUCACAGAUUGUCAGUAGUAGAACUGGAAAUAAACCUGGCGAGAUGUCUGCGACUUCUGAUUGUGGGAAACAUAUUGAAAACAAAUCUUAUGUGCACACUAAAAUUCAUAAAGAUAAAAGACCAUUUCCAUUUUUAGAAUGUGAGAAAACUUUUAAUACGAAAUCACAUAUUGUUGAACAUCAGAGAAAUCACACAGGAGAGAAGCUGUUUUCAUGUCCAGAAUGUGGGAAGAGUUUUAAGCGUAAGAAUCAUUUUAUGAUCCAUCUGAAAAAUCACAAAAGAGAGAAGCCAAAUUGCUGUUCAGAAUGUGGAAAAACAUUUGCUCACAAAUCAAAUCUUGUUCAACAUCUCAGAAUCCACACAGGAGAGAAGCCAUUUUCAUGUACAGAAUGUGAGAAGUGUUUUAAUCAAAAAACAAUGCUUGUUGAACAUCUCAGAAUUCAUACAGGAGAGAAGCCAUUUUCAUGUACAGAAUGCUGGAAGUGUUUUGCUGAUAAAUCAAAUCUUUUGAGACACCAAAGAACUCACACAGGAGAGAAGCCGUUUUCAUGCCCGGAAUGUGGAAAAUGUUUUAAUCAGAAAUCAAAUCUUGAUAUACAUCAGAGAACUCACACAGAAGAGAAACCAUAUUCAUGUACUGAAUGUGCGAAAUGUUUUAUAGCUAAAUCAAAUCUUGUUAAUCAUCAAAGAAUUCACACGGAAGAGAAGACAUUUUCAUGCCUGGAAUGUGGGAUUUUUUUUUAUCAGAAAUCAAAUCUUGAUAUGCAUCAGAGAACUCAUACAGGAGAGAAGCCACAUUCAUGUCCUGAAUGUGGGAAAUGCUUUAGUGAGAAAUCAAAUUUAAAUAAACAUCAGAGAAUUCACACAGGGGAGAGGCCAUUUUCAUGCCCGGAAUGUGGGAAAUGUUUUCAUCAACAGUCACAUCUUGAUAUACAUCAGAGAACUCACACGGGAGAGAAACCAAAUUCGUGUCCUGAAUGUGGGAAGUGUUUUACUCAGAAAUCAAAUUUAAUUAUACAUCAGAGAAUUCAUACAGGAGAGAAGCCACAUUCUUGUAUUGAAUGUGGGAAAUGUUUUAGAACUGAAUCACAUCUAGCUAAACAUCACAGAAUUCACAUAGGGGAGAAGCCAUUUUCAUGUCCUGAAUGUGGGAAAUGUUUUAGUCAGAAAUCAAAUCUUGCAAGACAUCAGAGAACUCACACAGGAGAGAAACCAAAUUCGUGUCCUGAAUGUGGGAAGUGUUUUACUCAGAAAUCUGAUUUAAUUAUACAUCAGAGAAUUCAUACAGGAGAGAAGCCACAUUCUUGUAUUGAAUGUGCGAAAUGUUUUAGAACUAAAUCAAAUCUUGCUAGACAUCAGAGAACUCACACAGGAGAGAAUCCAUGA